AUGGCGUACUCUCCAUCUCCCACAUCACCCAUUCCACAGAUCGACAACCCUUCAUUCCCUCCUCGUCGGUCGCCCACCCCACCGAUUCAACCUGUCUCUAAGAGAGACAAGCGCCGGAAUCAACAUGUGGCUCAUCAACAAGAACUCUACAGCGAGCUGGCUUCAAAUCGGGAACAGCAUUAUCGAGAACAACUCAUUGCUCUUCAAACCGACAUGAGUCUGAUCUCACAAGCUGACCCUUACGACCCUGAACCCCUCGAGGAUUCCCCAGAAGAGGUGGCGCGAAUCGCAGAGCUCGCAGCAUCCGGCACUCCUUACCAAUCUCAAAUGUCUUCGCUUGCGGGCAAGUGGUACGCUGAGUUUGUGCAUGAAGUGAACGAUGCCAAGGAAGCCAAAGAAUUGGCCCUCAUUCAACUAAUGAACAACCACGAGGCCCGUUUGAAGCGCAUCGAGUAUGAGUGUGACUACCGACUCCAUUUGGCCGCAGAGGAGUGUGAACACAUGACCACCACUCUCAGAGAACGACUUUUCACAGCCUUGUCAAACAAGAGGCAAAAGCUCAUGAAAGAGAAGGAACAACUUGAUAUUGCCGACACCAAUGCUCUACUUCUUCAUCCUAGCCAAUUCAGCAUCACCAAUCCUGCCAGUCCUGGAAGCCAGCCAACCAGUCGAAAGACCCGAUUCACACGACACCGAGAGCAAGAGGAACUGAACGGCGUCAGCGACGUGUCUCACAACAGACGCAAGCGCAAGGCCGCUGAAGAAGAUGUUGGAUCGCCCUCACGAAACGGCAUUUCUACACCUGGAGAACGUGCUCGAGCAACCCUUGCCCCACAGAGCGCACCUGUCUAUUCCGUGCAUACCCUCUUCACCGACAAAGAGCUGAACUUCCAAUCUCACCAAGCCCAGAUCGCAGCUCGUCAUUACUUUACCACUUCACGCAAGGAGGGCGAGGCAAGCAAUACUCGAAGACGAGGAAGAGAUGAUGCAGACAAGCCUUCAGGCUCAGAUGACGAAUCAGGUUCGGAAGAAGAUGAACAUCUCGAGGCACCCGAGAUGGAUCGGUCGACGAGCCAGAACGUCCACAUCACCCGAUCGACCAGAACCACGGGCGGACUAGGUGGUCUCAACUCGCUUAGCGAUCUAGCAGAGAAAGCAGCGAGCCGUCCAGCAUUGCCGUACGCGACACUACACACGCAUCAAGGCCGAGCAGGAACAUUCCUUCCGCAACCGAGUCGAUUGAUGGCAGAAGAAGUGGACGAAGAUUUGAUGAAGAUUCUACAGGGCGAAUCACAACCGCCGGGACAGGUGGACCGAAAGGCUAUUGAAGAAGCGCUCAAACCAUUAUCGGAGGGUAGAAGCAAUCUUGCUCCGGACUGGCCAGUGUACUUGGACAUGCAUCUAGUCGACGUGGACUCACGAGUUGCAGGGAAGGUUUGA